AUGUCUGAAUUCCUCCCUUCAACCGAAACCCCCAUGUCCCAUGGUGGUCAUGCACAUUAUGUCCGCACUCAGGAAUAUAUUUCCGCCCCGAAGUAUCCUCCGGGAGCAGGAAUGCAAUCAUCACUGAACUAUUUCAACAUGGAGCAACUUCAGGAUGAGAGCGAGAUCGUUGUUGUCGACAAUAAGAUCUUUAAUGCAAGUACUCAUCAAUUUGCCGAGGGCGAUUUUAUCUGUCCAGGGUUCUUCAGCCUUACAUCUCUGGAUGGGUUCACUCGCCGUUUCAAUUACGCUCAGUGGAACUACGAAAUGCGCCGCGAGGCACAGCCUGUACUACCAUUCCUCUCGCUGGGUCCAUUCUCAUGCUUGAGAAACUACGAUUUUCUCCGCAAACAAGGAUUCACCCUUCUCCUCGCCAUACGCAACCGCCACUCUGCCCAUGCGCGCCUACUUUCCGGUGAUAAAGCCGCGGCUGCGCUUGGCAUUCAGGCCGACACGAUAGAUGUGCUGGACAGCCAGGAGCUCAUAUCAGCCUUUCCUCGUGCUAUUCGCCGCAUCAACGACCACCUUGCAGGCACGGAUGCGCUUAGUCAUGGAGCCCCCAACUCAACCUCGCUGACCUCCCACUGUUCAUCCUCCGAUAAGAGGAAGGUCCUCCUCUUCUGCGAAUCUGGCAAUGAGCGCUCUGCAGCCGUAGCAAUAGCCUAUAUUAUGGUGAUGUUGAACAUGGAUGCUAUACGCGCGACUCAUAUGGUCCAGCAACAUCGAUUUUGUAUUUCCAUCGAGGAUCCACUGAAGCGGAUCCUCGCUGCAUUUGAGUCCAUUCUCGCUGCCAAGCGCGAUGUUGAAAGGGCUAAACGCAUCAAUCCACAAUUUGGAGCAACAAUGCUUGCUCCUCCUCCGGUCCCGCCGGUGGUUCUGGCAAAGAAGCGCAGUUUCGCGGAUCGCAAAGAAGAAGAGAGUGAUAUUCUUGAUACGGAGAUGGACGUCGAUGGGGAGGAGGAUUUACUCGGUGCGCGGAGACCAUUUGCUCCAUUCCAAGACCGCGUAGCAUGA